AUGAAAACAAUCACAAACCAAACACAGAGUCUGAAUAAUCAAACCAAACAGGGUCUUAGUUUUAGCUGGCUUUCUCACCCCCUCAUCACCAUUUCCCAAAGGUUCGUUCUUUUGCAUCCUAUUUUAAUCGCUAUUUUCAAUCCCUUGUUCUAAUUACACAUCAAAAUGAUAUUAAAUCGUAGAUAUCUACUGCAACAACUAAAAAAAAUCUCACCUUUUCAACUCCAUUGUUUAGUACCAGUUCUUGAUUACUCUACUAGUACUUGUUAUCUUGAUUUUGUAUGCAAUCCAAUGAGUUGUACACACAAUUUUACUCUGACCCAGAUGGCUAGAAAUGCUAAAAAACCUGUUAGUGUUUGUGGGUACUCGUUUUAUUCAUCAUACAGUAGACCCCCUACGAGGGCCUUAAGGAAAAGAAUCAGUAAGAGGAACAGAGCUGCUUCGAAACCGGUUCUUGAUGAAUCCCGGUUUCAGAAUGCGGUUUCACAGCUGCUACCAAGAUUUAGCCCUGAAGAACUUUGCAAUGUCAUUACUAUGCAGGAUGAUCCUUUAGUGUGCUUAGAGCUUUUUAAUUAUGCGGCGCAGCAGCCUAGGUUUAGGCAUAAUGUGUCGUCGUUUCAUAUUACGAUAAAGAAACUUGGUGCUGCGAGAAUGUAUGAAGAAAUGGAUGUUAUUGUUAAUCAAGUGCUUGCUAUUCGGUCAAUUGGUUCAGAGGCGCUUUAUAAUACAAUGAUAUAUUAUUUUACGGAAGCGAGGAAGUUGAAUAGAGCUGUUAAUAUAUUUAUGCAUAUGAGAAGUAAUAUGAAGUUGAGCUGUAGGCCAUCGAUAAGAACUUACAAUCUUCUCUUUGCGGCACUUGUUGGUAGGGAAGGGAAUUCUUAUGUGAACCAUUUGUAUAUGCAGUCUAUUAGAGGUCUUUUUAAGCUCAUGGUAAAUGACGGGGUUGAACCAGAUAUUUUCUCAUUAAACACUAUGAUAAAGGGGUACGCGCUGUCGCUUCACCUUAACGAAGCCCUGAGGAUAUUUCAUCAGAUGGAAGUGGUUUAUAACUGUCCACCUAAUUCGUUUUCCUAUGAUUAUUUAAUUCAUGGAUUGUGUGCUCAAGGCCGGACAAACAAUGCUAGGGAGCUGUGUGACCAAAUGAAAGAGAAAGGCUUUGUGCCUAGUAAUAAAUCAUACAACUCUCUUGUAAAUGCCCUGGCCCUUGGUGGAGAAAUUGAUGAAGCUGUAAAAUAUCUGUGGGAGAUGAUUGCAGAAAGAAGGUUGGCUGAUUUUAUAACCUAUAGGACACUCCUUGGUGAGAUCCGCAGGCACCAAAGAUCAGAAGACGGUAUGAAUUUGCUUAAAGAUUUGCAAGCGAAGGGCAUAGUGGAUGGGCACACUUACAUAAAGCUUCAGAAUGAACUGAAAGACAACUUUAGGAGAUUAUAGUGAUAGAAACAACUUGAGGUCAUGUCAGCAAAAUAGGAUAGCUCUUUUGAGUUGGCUAGAAAGCUGCAGGUAGAAGUGCAAAUGAAAGGGUGCAAGAGAUUUUAUCCAGAGCUUCUCAAUAUGCUGGACUAGGUGCCUUGUGAACAUGUAAUUUAUGCAGAAUUUAUGGAGACUCGGAAUCUUAAUCCAGGCUAUACAGGGGUCAGGGAGUGAGAGAAUAUAUAUCUAUUUGAAGAUCAAAAACAGCACCGGAACCAUCUCUUUAGUACCAUAGAAAUCAUGUGCACUCUUAAAACUAUAAGAGCAAUGCUAGGGACGAGAAAUGGUUCCUGAAUUUAUUCAUGAAUGUAAAUGCAAGUGACCUGAUUUCAUCAUAUUAUUCAUAUAUGUGGCCAAUUUUAGUUUAUUUUAUUU